AUGUUUUCGUUUUCCAAAAGAAUAACAUUAUGGCAAACCUUCCUCGUUACCGCACCGGCUUUUAUCCUUUACGGCUAUAAUCAAGCAGGGCUUUCCUCUCUGUUGAAGUUACCAAAUGUGGUGCAUCUUUUCCCACAAAUCGAUACUAUCAACACACAUGGAGCCCAGGAAUCCACCAACUCAACUAUAGAAGGUCUCGUCAAUGCUUGUCUACAAAUUGGUGGUCUUUUGGGCUCCCUGUCGUGCUCAUUGAUCGGGGACAAACUAGGUCGGAGAAGAAGUAUCUUCUUAGCCGCCAUUAUCUGCGCUGUCGGCCAAAUCCUCCAGUGUACGGCAUUUACCUUGGCACAGUUUAUCAUUGGUCGCAUAACUUUGGGGGUUGGCGUGGGCCAGCUUAAUGUGACAGUGCCUGUAUGGCAAGCCGAGAGCUCGUCUGCCGGAAGCAGAGGGCGCAAGGUCAUCACUUCCGGCAUCUUUAUUUGUGUGGGCUUCUUUACAUCAAGCUGGCUCAACUUUGGAUUCGGUAACCUUUCAUCUGGCCCUUUACAAUGGCGGAUAUCGCUUGCAAUUCCAGUAUUUUUCUCACUACUUGUCUGCCUGACAAUUUUUAUGUUCCCUGAAUCACCACGCUGGCUGGUACAGGUAAACCAACCAACCAUGGCCAAAGAAGCACUUGCUCGCCUGAACGGCAUAAGCCCUGACGAUAGAAAUAUUGAGCUUGAAAUCUCCCGGAUACAGCAUUCACUGGAAUCAACUUCCUCCUCUUCGAUUAUGGAUAUUUUUCGCGGAAAUAACGAUUCAAGGCUUGGAUAUCGCUUCAUUCUGUGUAUGGGAAUCCAGACACUUCAGCAGCUUGUCGGUGGGAACCUCAUCUCUGUUUACACGACCACGAUCUUCGAGGAUAACCUCCAUCUACAGGGUAAAAUCCCUCAAAUUAUUGCUGCUUCUUCAUUGACAUGGAAGUUCUUAUGUUCUUUUAUUGCCUUCGCAGCCGUGGAUCGUUAUGGACGACGGUCCCUAUUUGUGUUCAGCGGCACAGGGAUGUGCCUUUGUAUGGUCGUGAUGGCUGUAACAAACAGCUUUCCCGAGUCCAACCAGGAUGCCUCCAUUAUUUCGGCCGCGACUAUCUUUAUUUUCAACUUUUUCUACCCGAUCGGGUUUCUGGGUGGUAAUUUUCUCUACUGUGCUGAAGUCGCUCCUGUUCAUCUGCGGGUUGCUAUGGCUUCGAUGUCUACGGCCAACCAUUGGCUUUGGAAUUUUAUCAUCACUAUGGUCAGUCCGGUGGCAUUGUCUAGCAUUGGCUGGAAGUACUAUCUGGUAUUUGUAUCCACGUGCGCCUGCGUCCCUAUAGUGACACUGCCUUUUUAUCCUGAGACAAUGGGCCGCAACCUCGAGCUUAUUGAUCGAGUAUUUCGUGAAGCUCCCACCAUUUGGGACAUUGUUCCAAUGGCCAGAAGAGUUCCUAAAGGAGAUGUUACAGAGGACAAUUUCUUCAGUGGCAAGGAGACUGAAGCUGAAAUUGCAGAGCACAAAGAGCACGUGUGA